AUGGCGACUAGUGCAGCCGAUGCCUCGACAUCUACUAGAAGCUCGUCGAAAUUUCUUCAACAGUUCGGUGGGUGUCUCUCUUCUUCGCCCCAUCUGUCUCUGUCUUCCCUCGUCCUGUACCUUUCUUACUAUCCUCUGAUUUGGGCCGGCGGCGUCUGGUGAUCCAUCUUGCAGGUUGGGAUUUGUUGCUGGGUUCCGUCGCGGCUUUCUACGUGUUCAUGGUGCCGUACACGAAGGUCGAGGAGAGCUUUAACGUUCAGGUAUUUAUCCAAUUCGUUGACAGCCAUUUAGUCUUUCUUGAGUCUCCUGGGUGCUCUUUUUUUUCUCACCUGGGCAGGAUAUCCCGUUGAAUUGGGAUUGUUGUCACCCGUAGUCACUGUUGAUUUACAUCGAUGGCCCGCAAAUGUGGAGAUAAUAGAUUGCUGACGCCAAUUUUGGCGCGAAUGCGUUGCAAAAAAAAAAACUGAUAUCAUCGAGACAAUCUUGUAAGGGAACCCACCGGCCAUUGAUGGCCGGAAACAUAGUCAUUUUCACAGUGUUUCAAUCUUGCCGAUAGUUGGAAGAAAGCGUGCGAUCGCCAAUGACAAACGAAGAGUAAUAGUGAGCAAUAAAAGUUAUUUCUGAACGAAAUCCUUUGUGAAUAAGGUUUUCAAUGGAUUAAUAUCAGAUGGACGAAUUCAGAGGUGUCGUUGCGGAUGGUCAUGAGAGAAUGGAGUGUAAUAUUGGGGUGAUUGGGUUUAGAGGAGUAUUCAUAUUGAUAUCAGAACCUUUGAUUACGUUCAGAUUUUGUCAGAUUUCUGAAGAAUCGUUAAUUUUCUCCAUUUCUGAAAUUCUAUUCUCUACUUGGAUCGAGAGGAAUCACCAUUUCUUCAUCAUCAAUGUAUGGCUGUCUUUUUUUUAAAAUAAAUUUAUUUAAAUGUUUUUGAUAUGCAUCCAACGUUCAAGUUUAUCACCUUCUUUUUCUCUUUUCAUGUCCAUGUGUUCCUCGUUUCAUCUAUCACAAGUUGCCUUCAUGCUGUUACCCCUCUUCUUGUUCUGUCAACUUUAUGUAGUCACAUGUUAUGUUGCUCAAUUGCAUCUGGUUUGCCUUUAUUCUUUUCAGCAUUCAUCUUGGCAUUUUUCUUUUAUUUCACUGUUAAGGUAACCAAUUUUUAUAUUUUCAUGUUGAAUGUUGAUCAUCAAGGCAAUUCAUGACAUGAUUUAUCAUCGUCAUCACCUUAUGAAGGUUUGCAUUGUCAUCUUUUAUAUACGUUACUCUAUUUUCUUGACCGCCGUAAGCUGGUAACUAACAGGCUUUCCUUGUUGCAGUAUGAUCAUUUUGAAUUUCCUGGUGUUGUUUCCCGUACAUUCGUGGGUAUGUUCCAUAACCACCUUUAAAAUUAAUUCACAUUCCCUGUUAUGUGUAGACAUGCCUGCUCUCGGCAGUGCUACAUUUUUAAUAAAUUUAUCAACGUGGAUCUGUUGUAGAGCCUAAUAAAUGAGACUUACAAGAUCCUUUGACUAUAUACGAUAGGUGCUCUCAUGCAGAUUGAAUGCUUAGCAGAAUAUUCUUGGGUUGCAAAACACAAUGUUUUCCUGUGGAAUAUCUGCCUGUAAUGAGGGAUCAAUGUCACUAGGAUCCCAACAAAAAUGUUCUUCAAAAAGUUAUUGAAAAGUUUCUCGAACAAGUUAUUGAAUUGAACACAAAGUUUUCAGCCUUUUGAAGAGCCUUGUUUAAGCAACCCAGUUGAUUUCUUGGAAAAGCCCUUGAAUUUUUGUUAACACAACUGUAUGAACUUUGUAUGGGACGCUAUGCAUAUAUCAUUUCUUAGAGCUGUGGUGGGUUCCAAUGAGCACCAUAUAUUUAUUUGGUGCUUUAAAGCGUCAACUGCGGAGGCCCACGGUUGUCUGACUCAAAAAUUUGGACUAGCGUACAUUCGGUGCUCAUUGCGAGUAUGUUUCUCAUGAUGUUUUCAAGAAUUUUUUUAGCACCCUAUGUGUUAAAAAUGAACAAUAAGAAAGGAAUAGGAUAUUGUAAUGUAAGUGGAUGCACCUAGUAACGAUGUAAUGCUAUAUAUAAAUAAUGAAAAUGUACAAGAGAAUUUCAAAGAUAUUAUAGGUAUACUUUUAAACACAAUAAGGUGACAACUACAAAAGACAUAAUGUGGAUCAUGAAACUAAAAAGAUAACUGAGGGUAUUCAAGAACCAUGUUGAGUGGAUGCAUUAUCUCCCAUUUUCUCAUCCAACUUGAUUUGAUAAGUUUGAUUGAUGUGUGCCUGUUAUUAACUCUAUACUUGUUUCUGACUCUAAGGCUCGUUGUUGAGUCCAAGGCUUGAGUGGAUGUUAUAUGAUAUAAUAUCCCAUGUAUUUCAUGUUUUUCUUUUGCAUUGUACAGUUCAUAAUGGUGGAAAUUGGGGAAUGAAUCAUAGUGGGUUGGGAAAACUUGGGGAGAAAGAAUCCCCCAAAGGAGAAGAUAAUUUCUAUUGAUAAUAAAACAAAAGGACACUGCUGCAUUGCACUCUAGCAAGAUGACCAAAAUACCCUCGUAUUAUCACUUCUCGAAGCUGUGUGCAGUCCAUAGUGGUAUGUGUCCAAAUAAUUCCUUCUGCAAUUUUGUAUUUUAAAUCCUCAGCUCGUUGCUGCCAAUAAUGGUCCCUUGUUCCACAUUCUCUGAGUAACUGAAUCAAAAUGGUGACAUAUGAUUUAUAUUUAUUUACAUCCCUUACCGAAGUGAAGAAUCUCUUCUUUCUUAUGUUGAUGACUUAUGACCAAAUGUCAAACUGUGUUCUACUAUACCUCUUUGUCUGCUUGGUGUUAUUUUCUUCUGCUCCACAGCUUAAGUUUAUAAAGAUAUGUGUGCUGGAUGAAAAAAUAUAUAUCUAAUGUAUAUAAGGUCAAACUGAACUUCGAAGGUAAUUCUUGAUGAACAUACUUCUUAGUGUACUUGUUGAUACUUGGUGUCCAUCUUUCAUGAUACGGUCAUUGUUCUGGACUUUUUCCUCUCUUAGAACAUUAGACUGGUUCUAUUUUAGGGCUUUCUGGCGUUUCCAACAGCUAGGAGCUGAUUUUUUUUUUUAUAUCGAAUAGUCUAUAUUUACCUUUCAGCUUUAUUGCCUCAGGGAACUAGGAAAACUUUUGGCUGAUGUUUUGAGAUAUUCUGAAUGAGAGGUUCAACAUAAGAAUUUUGUGAACAAAGUUGAUGUAAGGUCACUAUGUCUUUCUACAGGUGCUCUUGUAGUGUCACUUUUAACAUUACCUGUGGCGUUGCUGAUGCAACUCUUGCUUCUACCGAAGCUAUAUGCUCUCAUAGCAGGUAAAUUCACUCAAUUAUUCCUAUUGGAUAUAUUUCUAAAGUUGUUGAAUCAUUGUUUUCCAAUGAAUGAUCUCACCUUCAGAAUUUAUCAUUUAUUUACUUGUUUGUGGCUAUAUCACAUGUAUUGGAAUAGCUCAAAGAGUUUUUGAAUGUAUUUUUCUACAGUUUCUAUCAAGUAAAUAAUUCUGUGGAGUUUUCAAUUGUGUGGUGAUUCUUGUUUAGUUCCCAUGUUUCCUUCAGCAGAGAAUAAACAUUCAAAGAGGUUUUACGUGUAUGCAUGAUUCUGGUUUGGUUUCCACGUCACCCUCAGCAUACACAUCCUUCUAAGACUAUGAGCAUGCCAGGGUGAGCUGAUAAAAGCUAGGUUUGCCACAACAAUCCUGUCAUUUAGAUUUGUAUGCGUGGGCAUGGUUUCCUUGGCUUUCAAUCUUCAAUCUGUAGAUAAUCAUCCAGGUGGAAUCGGUGAGUUUUUUUUUCCCGUUCAUUUCGAUUCCCUUAGAGAGAAAACUCUUCUCUAGAGUAAAUAGUAAAUAAUGAGAGCAGUAACUACAGGAUACACAUCACUGGUUCGUCUCAGUGUGGGAUACCUGAGGUGUUAGCAAACACAUAUUUGUGAAUGUAUUUGCUUUUUUCCAUUGGGGUUUCACCCCUGAGGAAGCUUCAGCUGAGAGAUGAUAGGUCAUAUAUUCAGGGUAUAAUUCCUUCUAGACGAAGUUCAAUCACCCUGUUCAUUUUUUAUCCAUGACCUUGGAGCAGAUGUACUAAUUAACAAGCUUAAAAAAUAUGAGGCAAACAAAGGGAAAAUGCAAAAAGAGAAUUACAUAGGGGAAUGAAAAUGGAGGUCUUGUUGUGACACCUUACAAAGAAAGGAAGGACGCAUGAUGGAUAUGUUAAAGUUGACCAAUGAAGCGUGUAAAAACUGGAGCUGAAGAACAUCAAAAUGCAGAUAGAACACAAGCAUAGUGUUGUGGACUGUGUCACAGGCGGAAAAAUCCCCAAAACACUAAUCCCGAACAGGAAAGUGAAAAAUAAGACGUGGUUAUCAUCGAUUAACUUCUGGAACUGGUUUUUAUACCAGAACCCUAGUACAGGGGUUGAACCGGAACAGUCCAGUAUGGUUUGACACUCAAGUAAUAAACAAAAGAUUACAAUAAAAAAAAUAAAAAUAAAAAUACAACUUACUCUGACACAUGCCUUAUUUCAUGUUCUCUUCUUAUUUCUGUGGAAGAUUCCCUGGAAAUGUAAUAGAUAUUGUGCAAAUAGUUCGAGUUGGCAUAACACUCUUCUAAUAUGACUAGACAGGUACAAUGGUUUAGCAAACUCCAUGCUGGUUAAUUUCCAAAGUGAGGAUAUAUGUAAAUAUUCAUCUGAUUUAGAUGUAAUCAAGAACAUGAGGUGUACUGCCUGUCACAGUAUCAAAGAUUGAGCGUUGCAUUUCCUUGUCCUUUCCUCUCUCGCCGGAGAUAGCCUAAUUUUGUGAUUUUAUUUACACUUUCAUUUUAUUUUCUCAUUUUUUGUGCCUAUAAAUCAUACAAUUUAUUUCUUUCCAUUUGUAUUUCUAGCUCGUCUGGUGUUAGGUAGCAUUUUGUUGUCCACAUUGAGAUUCUUCCGCCUUCAGGUAUGAAUUUUUUAUGAAUUCUGGUUUCGUUCUGAACAAUGAUCAAGUCCUUUCAUUUUCCACUUCCAAGUUUCUAGAAAAACGGGUUCUACUAUUGACGUAGGUUUUACUUUUGGAUGGAACAGGUUAGAAGAAAAUUCGGCAAUGUGGUUGAAGGAUUCUUUGCUGUAUUAACUGCAGUUCAAUUCCAUUUUCUGUAUUACUGUACCCGACCUCUUCCGAAUGUGCUAGCUCUUAGUUUAGGUAAUUAUAUAAUCAGACACGGUUAUAUCUAUAUGUCAUUUUUAAUAAUUAACUAAAAAAAUACGAUUCUCAUUUAUUUUGGAUCCCUUAUUCUGUUGAUGAUAAUGGUUCUAGUGUACUUUAUGCAGUAUCCUCUCUCUUAGGAUAGUGGUGUCUUUAGCAAAAGGUUCUUGAUAUUCUUCUGCUUCUUUAAAAGGAAACGAGUUUAUUGGUAUUAUCAAAUUUACAAAUCAUCACCUCCUUAAAUCCUUAUGGUCAAAUCCUGAGUUGGAGGAGCUUAUGCCUUACGCGAUGAUGACCAUUAGUGCCAAGUAAAAACUUGGAACAUGAUGUCUAUUUGUGAUCUAGAUCGGCUAAUAUGAAAGCUAUAGGAGUCCUAGAGACUAGAUCUUUGAAUUCACCCGGAGCUGAACACGUGGCUGCCCGAUAGCCUAACUAACAAUUCAAGGACUUAGUUGUCAGCUGGCAGGAAGCUGCUUAUUGUGUUAUAGGCCAUUGUUUAGUUGAGGAGAAAAAAGAAGAGCGAAUGCCUUCUUCCUGGUCUUCCAAGAUAAGGUGUCGUUCCACACCUGCAGUUAAUGGAAAAUGAACUUAUUUGAGUCAAACCCAUCAUUUCUUCCUGGACCUUCAUGGACUUUAUCUGGGCACUACACAAAAGGAGAAUAUCCUGAGGGCCGAAUGAUGUUUUGUGUUAUCUGGGGAGAAUUUUUGUGUUAUGUUCUUAUAAAUCUCUCUAGUUCUGUGGACCACUUUUCUAUGUAAUGCGGGCUUUACUCCAGUACCCUGCAAUUGUAGUGAUUGGCUUCCUUAUGUUGGUGGGGUCAAGGUAAAUUGUCUAGAUGAGCCUUACUUUUCCCUUUUUGUCUAGCCGACUGAGGGGAAAGUCCGGUGACGUUGGCCACAGGCAUAAGCCUUGUCUUUUCCCCUGGAGGAUUCUCAUGUCUGCAAGAUUUUGGAUCCGUAGGUACUAUUUUCAUGCUACUGUUAAUCUAAUAGGUGUAAUGUUCAUUGAUUGUACUGCCUUUUCCCCUUGUACAAGGCUAGUUUCUUCACUCUCGCUUUAUAUUUUUAAAUUACACAUCAAGAACACAGUGCAUGGAGUUUAAAUUCUCAAUUAACUCGACUGAUUCUUUUUUUUCUUAGUUUUCUUUUUUAGUUCAAGGAAAGGAACAACAUCUUUAUUUAACCUUUUCUCUUUCUUUUUUAGCAUCUUGUUAGAUAAGUAAGGCUGUCGUGAACAGAAAAACCCUAGGCAGGUGUGCGGUGGAGGAAAAUAGAUUCUUUCACAUUAAGUCUGGCUCGGGUCUGGUUUAUAUACCAGACCCAUAGUACAACAAUGAACCGGUUUGACAGUGAACCGGUCUAACAAAAAAACCGGUCCGUUUCCAUAAUGGCUUCCUUGGUAUGUACCAUUUUGUAUGUUUUCUUCUGCUAUCGCUGCUACAUCUUGUAUCUCUUGCCUAUGUGGAACAGUAGUGGAUAGUUUCCACCCAACAAAAGGAAUUUUGCUCCGGUGACACAUAACUGUAACAACACAAGUUCUGACGAGGCAUUUUAAUUAUGUUCUGACAUUUUCUGUCUUUUACAGUUAACUUAGCAUAUGCAUUUUGGUUGGAAGGAAGCUUCUUGGCUACUUUGAGAUGUCUGGUAUAUUUUGCCUUGCCCCAUUGCCUUGUUUUUUUGAGUAUUCACUCUUUUCAUUUGUUCACUUUCAUAAGUCAUAAUUUUUAGGUAAACAAUAUUGUAUGAAUCAUCAGUGUAAUUCUCAUGUGGCAUUGUCUAAAUGUUGUCGGUCUCCCCUUUCGUUCGAAAUUUCGCAACAUAGACCAAAUUUAGUUCUUUAGGGCUAUGUACGAACUUUGUCAUGCAGUCAAAUUAUCACUGCAUGUAGCUUUCUUCCCCUUGUAUAUUGGGUUUCCACUAGCAUGGCCAAAUGUUGAUAACUUGUAUAUUGUGUAUAAAAGGUCUCUUUGUCCUUCCAAAAAUUUGAAUGGUGUUGAUAUGUGACCAUAGUCUUUGUUGAGGCUUAUCUUAAGUUAUGAGAAAAAGCAUGAAAACUAAUCAAGUUAUCAAGCUUUUACGUGAAUAAAGCGUUUACAUGGAAGCUAAACCCUAGGAUAAACGACAUAAAGUCAAAAAAUUAAUAAUCAUUGUCGCAUUUUUUUGAUUGUUUGUUCCCUCCAUAAAGAACUUUACUUGUUAUCAGCUUCUUGUUGCUGCUUGUUUACAGCAAUGACAGAGAGUUACUUUGUAAAUGGUCUAUUUUUCUUAUUCGAUGAAGCUAAGUUCCUUGUUGGAAGCAUGCUAAACAUGAAUAAUCUUUGUUAUAUGGUUAUCAUGCUAAACAUGAAUAAUCUUUGUUAUAUGGUUAUCUGAAAUUCUUUGAAUAUUUCUUAUAUCUCAUGAUACUAUUUUGGUGGUAGCAGACCUUUGCAGUGCUCGUAUUUAGGUGUGAUAUGCUGCUACUUCUUGGUCCCAUUGGUCUUGGACUUCUACUGGUAUGGUAUUCCACUUUUAUUGUCGGUUUUUGGGAUGUUCGGUGUAAAUAUAGCUUCUCUAAUUUCAUUAGAUUCUUCUUGUGACUUUGCAAUCUUUCAACAUCAAUAAACCAAAAGUAUUAUACCUCUUCAGUCUCAAGUCAUAAGAUUCAUCAAUUACGUUCACAAUGCCCAUUGCUGCUUCCAUAAACGCUCUUUAUUGACCAAUUACACAUUUGUUAGGCCAAGUUCAGAGCUUAGUUGAAUUCAGAGUCUCCAAAAUACUGAUAGAAUUAGUCUUGUGUUCCUUUCCGACUCCUAGUCUUACACCCAUUGACAUAGCUCAAGAAGGUUCAUUGACACGAGAGUUCACUUUAGCACAAGUAUGCAUGCUAUACUAUCAAGUCUUCUGGAAUGUCAGUUUACUGUUUCAUAUACAUUUUACUGUAUUCUGGUCAAUACUCUUACUUCAAGAUUUUUUAUCUUGCGAUGAAUUAGAACAUUUAUAUCUUGGUUUAAAAUUUUCUUUCGUCAUCAUCAUCAUCAUCUUUUCAUAGGUGUUGAGAAGAGGUUCUUUUUUCUUUACGGCUGCUCUCCUUUGAGCCUACACGUGUCAUUGGGCCUCCUGCCCAAUAGUAUAUGCGCUGAUCCUAGCUUGGGGGUAGGUUGCUGGAAAAAUAUUAUCCCCACCAAGCACAUACCAACCUGGGUUCCUGUGUAUCUUUUGAAUUUCUGUUGUUGCACGAAUGACUCUGAAUCAUGCUUUUCAAUCAUAUGUGAUCAAAGUGAUAUUCUUUAAUUUCAUGUCAUAUUCUAUUAUUAAAUGGUUGGUUAUUUGUUCUACCUUGUUUAUUUUUGCUAUUCAUUUAUAUGUGCAAAUAAUAAUAUGACAAUAUUAUUUUUGUUGUCAGAGGCAAUCAAUCUCUUUUAUGGAAUCGGUGAAAUGCUGCAUCAGUACUGCCAUCUUAUGCAUAGGUUUGCUAAUUCUACUUAGAUUUCUAAAUGUAUGAAAUAUUUCUUAUGCUGAUGUCUUUCUUUGUGUUCCCUUAAUGCAGGCUUAACAUUGGUUGUUGACUCAAUUAUGUGGCGGAAAAUAGUGUGGCCAGAGUUGGAAGUCUUCUGGUUCAACACUAUUUUGAAUCGAAGUCAUGAAUGGGGCGUAUCCAUGUAUAAUUAAAUAACAAGACUAUAUUAUUAUCCUGAAAUCCAUAAUCGACAUUGAUGGGCGUGUAAAAUAUGAAGAACGGCUACAAUCCUUUCGAUUCUAGUUGAUGUUAUCGAAGUAAAUGAAAAGCAAUUAAUUUAGCUUGGAAUUGGGGAUGCAAAUUUUCAUAUUUUUUGAAAAUUCGAGCUCAUCUGGAAUUAUUAUCGGAUGUGUAUAGCAUCCCACGUCCGUGUUAGUUUUAUUUUCUUGUUUUUGUGCAUAGAAAGGAACUAAAGGCAAACACUUUUGUCAGGGUCACAUAUUCCCACUCAUUGGAACUUUUUUGAUUCUGGAACUCGGAAAACAUUGCGGGUUGAAAGUUCUUUCCAUUCAUUAUUUGUAACAUUUGGUCUAGAGAAUUCAGAACUUUUUUUUCCUUUCUAUUGACUUGUGACGCUUAUUGGCGUGCUAUUGUUUUAUCUGCAUUGCUGUUUUUUUUCUUCAAGUUGAGUUUGUCAUAUUUUUUUUUCCUUGACAUCACUUUUUUUAGACACAUUCAUUUCAUUGGUAUUUCACUUCAGCUCUUCCGCGCUCACUGCUUGUAGCAUAUCCUCUUUGCCUGGUAAGUAGAGAAGAUAUGAACUUAAGAUUAAGCCCUAAUUAAGUCUCAUAAGACAUGCAAAUCAUCUGUAAGUGGUGUGGUGUGUGGUUCUUGUAGAAUAAAAAAUUCAUAGCAAAAAAUUAAGGUUUUCUGUCUUUUUUGGGGGUCAGAUGUUUCCCUUAUAAACUCUUUUUAUGGUGGUCACAUGACAUUACAAUUGGCCACUGCAUUGCUUUCUCGCUUGAUUAAGCUGGUUUUUAGUGUGAACAUUGGGAAAAGGAGUGUUACAAAUAAUUCUUUACAGUAGUUGUUAAAUUAUUUUACCGUGAUCAGUCAGAGUUGUUGUUGAAUUCUCUCGACUGGUUUUUUUUUUUUUCUGAUGUUUAUAAUCAGUCUGCUUUGUCAAUAAACCUUAUCCUCAAUCUUGAAUGAAUGAAGAUCACCUUAGCAAUGUACAUUUCACAGAAAAUUUCGACUUCUAUUUCCACUUUAUCUUUUCUUUACCUGUUGUCCUCAUGUUUUGAAGAGGGUUGCAGUCUUUGCUGACCUGUCUUGUAUCCCGCGAAUAUCGACCAUAUUGUGGUUUCUUAAGUCUAUCUUGUUGUGCUUGAUGCACUGUAGACACUGCGGUAGGUUAUGUAAGAUUAGUGCAAGGGUUAGUUAGCUUGGGUUAAGUGACAAUGUUGUUUCUAUCUGUCAUGUUUGCUGUCCAUCAAAUUUGGAUUCUCAAUCACUGAAGGUUGUACUUGACGGGUUUAAAUCACCCCUUGCUUUCCAAGACUGAUGAGCACUUGUUCGAAAUGGAUGAAAUAGGCGAGUGGACUCUACUUUUACAUUUGAAGGCAUUGUUUAAUCAAUCAUGUUGUGUAUUUUUUAAUGUUUACAGCUUGGAGUGCUACUUGAUCGGAGAAUUUGGCCGUACUUCUUUCCAGUAUUCUCAUUUGUUAUCCUCUACUCAAAACUUGCUCACAAGGUCUGUUCUAGCCGAUUAUAUUUUUUGUCCAAUUGGUUAGUUAAAUUUCGUGGAUUGAUAUGGGACUUUUUUUCGUACCACAGGAGCUUCGUUUCAUAUUCAGUGCUAUCCCGAUUUUCAAUUUAUGUGCGGCAAUUGCAGCUAGCAGAUUGUAUGUACCGUAAAGCUUUGGCUUCACUACCUUCUCUGUUACUUCAAAGUUUCUGAGGUGGAUUUAUCGUACUGCAAAUUCUGAUGAUUUCUUAGUAUUAUGUUGAGGUACCUUAAGUUGCCCACGGUAGCUGACAAUGUCUGAACAUGAAUCCAUGCGAUAUGGUAUCUACCUAACAUUUUAGAAGUAAAACAUCAAAUAUCCUUCGUGCCCCGAAAUUUCUUAGUAUUUUGUUGGAGCUAACUUACGUUGUCCACGGUGCCUGACAAUGUCUGAACAUGUGCGCAUGGGCUAUGAUCUCUACCUAACAUUUUAGAAGUAAAAAAUAAAAUACCCUUCGUGCUCUGAACAGCAUGGCAAUGGGAAAAGUAAAGCAAAAAAUUGAUUACUUUAUGUUCAGGGUCAAAGCUAUUAAUCUUUCUCUGGAGAAGGAGAAGAUUCAUUAUGUUAUAGUAUAUAUGAUGAAUCAUCUAUGUUCCGAUGCGAGAAGAAUUUUUAGCUUUUAUCUUUGUUCUUUUGCAGAUAUAAUAAUAGAAAGAAGGGUAUGUGGAGAUGGCUUUACAUUGCUAUGCUUGGAUCUUUUCUAGUCAGGUUUGAUCACUGAACACAACGCUGCUAAUAUUUUUUUCACGCUGAUCUUUUUGUUUCGUGAUUUUAGUCUAGGGUUCUCUGUCCUAAUAUUUAUGGCAUCCUUCAACAAUUAUCCAAGUGCUAAUGCUCUGAAAGCUUUGCAUCAUAUAGGUAUGCUCUUUUUAUAAGUUUUUUUGUUCCUUACAUCAGUCUUCUGCACAUGCAACUCUUCAGAAACAUAAUUGGCAAUGAAAAAUUCCUGUGCUUGGAAAAAAAUAUGGGAUCUACCCAUUUAUAUCUACUUCAUUGUUCAAGGGAAUGGUACCUAGACUUGAUAAAUGCUUAGUAUCGGGAUAAUAUCGUGAACAUUGUCUUGAAUAUCCCUGUUUUUGUGGAGUGAUGCCAUUCUGACAGAAAUUUUGUUGUAAAUCACAUUAUCAUGAAUUUCAGAGUUCAGAUAAUCUUGCAUGAAUUGGAGAUUGUGUUACUAAAAUGCUAGAGCAUUUACUCGUUAGUAGCUUCAUGAACUUCUAGCCGAAUUCUGUCCGAUGAAGAUAUGGCACAAAUGAUUCUUCAAGCAAUCCAAUUGAGGAGGAUGCCUUUACUACUAGAGCAAAAUGUGGACCUACUGACAUUUUUGUACAUUAAUACGUGCGGAUGUUGUGAUUCUGGAACAGAACUAAUGUGGGUUGUUGAUGUCCUCUGACUGGCGUUAUAGAUAUUGCUUCUGUUUGGAAAUCAUCUUAUUCACCUUUUCGAGAUAUCUAAUUAAUCUUCUUUGAUCAGGGCAAAAUUUAAAUGAUACGUCAGAUAAAUGGGUUCACAUUGACAGCUUCGCAGCAAUCAAUGGAAUUUCUCGGUUUUGUGAAAAUAAUUCCCCGUGGAGGUAUGAUUUCUUUCCACUUCAAAGAUGAUAGCAUUUCUAUUUACAGUAAAUAUGGAAUCCUAUCUUAAUCGGAACAUGGUUUCAAUAAUUACAGUAGAUAAUUCGGAUCAAUGAGCUCAGAAAUUUGAAACAGAAAUAAACAAUGGCACCCAUUGGAUAUAGUUUCAAUCUAUGUCGAUCCUAUUUAUUGAUCUAGAUCUUUCCUUGUAUGACCUGAACAGGUACUCCAAAGAAGAAGGAAUUUCUUUGUCCGAGUACCAGCACAGAAAUUUCACAUUUCUACUGAGGUGAGUUUUCUUCCCUUUAUUUUUUGUAGCAGAUGUUAGGCUCUGGUCCUGAUCCAUUAAGAUAAAAUGCUGUACAUAUCCGCUCCUAAUUCCUCUUUUUGGAUAUUUAUGUUAUCAUGUUAACAAGCACCCCUCAUUUAUAUGGAGGCAUGUAGGAUGUUGGGUUUUCCCCAAAUAUGUGAAUUGUUUGAUUAAUGUUCCCUAAUUCAACGCUGAGAUCGUAUGUCUACAGUAGACCUCUUUCCCCCUCUCAUUUAAUCAAUAUUUUUGGUAACUUGCACAGUUCUCACUUUUUGGCUCCACCUGAUAAUUAUACGGUGAUGGCAUGCGCAAAGUGGCAAUCUUCUGCCUUUUGGAACGAAAUGAUUCCAAGAGACUCUGAAAUUCCAUACUUUUUUCAGUUUUUUUUCUCUGUCAUUCAAGAAUUUAGGGAUUGACUGGUUAUAGUUAAAUAUAGAGAGAGUGUUGGACUCAUUGUGAACUUCACCCUAUCAGGGCUUAUGAUGUAGCUGGUCUCUUUUUUGAAGAGGUUUAUCCUUAAUCUAGCCCAUAGACUUGGCUUUGUAAAAUGGGUUACUGGACCAUGAAAAUUUCAUCAGAACCACCUGAUUUGGUCCAUAUUUUGCCCACAACCCUCUUUAAAAAAAUUGAGAAAAAAAAACUCAUGUGUUUCGGAGCAUCACUUUAACUCCUGAUUAUGAUACUAUUUUAAUAAUUUAAAUCUGGUGCCUAAUGCAGAACUGUUUGAUGGGUGAUGGAUAAUUCAGAGCUCCCUCCAUGAGUGCAUCACAUGCCGAAGGGCACCUGUAUAUUCUUUUCUUGCAUGAAAAUAGAAAAAAUAUCCUGCGAUGAAGAACAAUAUAUUUCAUCAUUUAUGCCUUCUCAUUAAUAUGCAUCUACUUCCUCCUUUUUUUUUUUUUUUCCCCCCUGUUUCAGCGAGCAUACUACAAUAGAGGGGUAUACGUGCUUGUUUGUGGAGUAUGGAUUCGCUGGCAUUAAAUAUAGAAUUGGUUUCCCCCCAAUCGAGCUGGUUAGUACUCAUUGCAUAUUUAUCUAUCUUCUAAUGGGAAUUAAAUUUAUUUCCGAUUUUAUUGUGCAUGGCUUGUCUAAACAUGAAAAUGACGACUUGCUGAAGUCAGUGAGGUCCCUGAGUCAGCUCAAACCUUUUAUUCUCCCGAUGCAAACUUAUGGGGCCAUGGAAUUCCUGUUCAGCAAUGCUUCACAUAAUGGGAAAAAUGUGUCAUGUAUCUUAUGAAAUCAUCCCGAUUUAGGUGAAUUGAUAAUAUUGUCAUAACAAAUACGCUUCUGGGCUAAACCUUUUUUUUUUUUUUAAUUUAUUUUUUGCAGUACAAGAAACCGAAACUCUUUGUACAUGGACGUGUUGAUAGUCAUCAGACUUCCCUGACGGAUUGGCCUGGCUGCUCAUGA